AAAAACAGCCACACUAUUCUUGGCCUCCGACCGUCACUAUUCCAAAUUAAUUUAUUUGUUUUUGUCGCUUCGUUGGGCUUGUUUGUCGAGUUCUCCACGAUGUCUAUCUACGCCAACGUACAAAAGGGGCCUGCCAUCGAGGUCUUUGCCUUGACACAGGCCUUUAAGGACGACACUCAUCCCAACAAGGUCAACCUGUCGGUGGGCGCUUACAGGACAGAUGCUGGAGAGCCGUGGGUACUGCCUGUGGUGCGACGCACUGAAAUCUCCAUUGCCAGCGAUGAGAAAGUGAACCACGAAUACCUGCCAGUGACUGGACUCGAUACCUUCACAACUGCAGCCACCCAACUGGUUCUCGGCACUGAUUCUCCUGCUAUUCAGGAAAAUCGCGCCUUUGGAGUUCAGACCAUUUCGGGCACUGGUGCUCUGCGCGUUGCUGCCGACUUCCUUCACACGCAGCUGAACCGUAAUGUGGUCUACUACUCGAACCCCACAUGGGAGAACCACCACAAGAUAUUCUCCGACGCGGGUUUCACCUCCCUGCACUCGUACCGCUACUGGGACCAGACCAAUCGGAAGCUCGACUUCAAGAACAUGGUAGCCGAUUUGGAUAAAGCUCCUCCUGGCGCCGUGAUCAUCCUACACGCCUGCGCUCACAAUCCCACCGGAAGCGAUCCAACCCACGAGCAAUGGCAGGAACUGGCCGAUUUGUUUGAACGCAAGAAGCUGUUCCCUCUGUUUGAUUCGGCUUACCAGGGCUUUGCCAGUGGCGAUCCCGACAAUGAUGCCUGGGCCGUACGUUAUUUCGUGAAGAAGGGCUUUGAGCUCUUCGUCUGCCAGUCGUUCGCAAAGAACUUUGGUCUGUACUGCGAGCGUGCCGGAAACCUGACCGUGGUGCAACAGAACGCAGCUACCAAAGCGGCCGUGCACUCCCAGCUCACGCUGCUCAUCCGUGGCCAGUACUCGAACCCCCCUGCCUAUGGAGCCCGUAUUGUGUCGAAGGUCCUGAACACACCAGAGCUGCGAAAGGAAUGGAUGGAGAGCAUCCAGACCAUGUCCAGCCGCAUUCGCAAGAUGCGCACGGCAUUGCGCGAAAAGUUGGUUGCUCUGGGCACCCCUGGAACUUGGGACCACAUCGUCAGCCAGAUCGGCAUGUUCUCCUACACCGGUCUCAACGAGAGUCAGGUGAAGGUGCUUAUCAACGAGUAUCACAUUUAUCUGCUGAAGACCGGACGCAUCAACAUGUGCGGCCUGAAUACUGGAAACAUCGACUAUGUGGCCAAGGCGAUCCAUGCUGCUGUAACCGGCACUGGCGGUGACAACUGCCAAUGUAAAAACAACCUGUAAUCCAACUGUGGCUGGACUAUAUACGGAAAGGGGGACAACGAUUAGCUAAACAACAUAUUACACAGUGUAGGCCCAACGUUGUCGGCACAAUUAGCAUUUAAAUCAAACCAACAACUGCAAUUACGUAAAAUUUAUACACGGCUUUAUAUGGAUAUAUUUUAGAGUCUACAUCUAAAUCAGUAUGAAUAUAUAAUUGAAUUAAAGUUUAUACAGAUUAUUCACUUUUAUGCCGUCAAAUAUUGUUUGAAUAAUGUUUAGCUUGGUAAAAUAAUCCUUAUUAACUUGUGUGUAGUACUAGAUACAACGACAAUAACAUUACUGAAGUAUUUA